ACAGUGGCCGCGGGUCCUGGCCGGAGGAUCCGGGCGGGAAUCCACAGCUCAGCUCUUGGACCGUGCGCCGGCUCUCUGCCAGCCGGAAAAAAUCUCUUUCUUGCCGGUGCACCUGAGCCUCGGCACCGAAUUCCGGUGCAGGCGUAGACCUGGGACCCGUGAUCCCCAGCGCGGCCGGGACUCCUCAGUGUGCGGGCGGCCAGGGACGCUGAGCUGCUCAAGAUGAGGAGGAGAGCGGGGCUUGGGCGGAGCCGUCUUUCCCCCCGGGUCUGAGAGCCCACCACCGCCAGGACGUCCCGGGCGUACCUGGGGUUGGGCUAUGUGUGCCCGGUGACUAGGCGCCUGGGGAGCCCUGAGACUUCGGGAGGGAAUGCUGGCUUGGUUUUGAGUGACUUUGGGGAAAGUGAAGAAACCCCAAAAUGGAGGACUUUUCUACCAGGACCUACGGCACCAGUGGUCUGGACAACAGACCUCUGUUCGGAGAGACGUCGGCCAAGGAUCGAAUCAUCAAUUUAGUUGUUGGCAGCUUAACAUCCUUAUUGAUUCUAGUAACGCUGAUCAGUGCUUUUGUUUUCCCUCAACCACCUCCAAAACCACUGAAUAUAUUUUUUGCUGUCUGCAUCUCUUUGAGUACUAUUACUGCCUGCAUACUUAUCUACUGGUACCGACAAGGAGACUUAGAACCGAAAUUUAGAAAUCUAAUUUACUAUAUCUUAUUUUCUAUCAUCAUGUUAUGUAUAUGUGCGAACCUGUACUUCCAUGAUGUGGGAAAGUGAGGCUACCAAGGCGAAAAUACUUACCAGGUCUCUUCAAAGCUAUGUAUGUAAGACUGUGAAUAAAAGCUGGAUAAGGUGUGCUGAAGAA